UGACGCACCGGGGCGGGCGGCGAGGCGCCGGGCUGGGAGUCGGGGCCGGACAUGGCGGCUCGGGCCGGCCCACGGGAAGAUGAAUAAGGGCUGGUUGGAGCUGGAGAGCGACCCCGGUCUCUUCACACUCCUGGUUGAAGAUUUUGGGGUCAAGGGAGUGCAGGUUGAAGAGAUUUAUGAUCUGCAGAGCAAAUGCCAAGGCCCUGUCUAUGGGUUCAUCUUCCUGUUCAAGUGGAUUGAGGAGCGCAGGUCACGCCGCAAGGUCUCUACCCUGGUGGAUGAGACAUCGGUGAUCGACGAUGACAUCGUUAAUAACAUGUUCUUUGCUCACCAGCUGAUCCCCAAUUCCUGUGCCACCCAUGCCCUGCUGAGUGUCCUCCUGAACUGCAACAAUGUUGACCUGGGCCCCACGCUGAGCCGCAUGAAGGAUUUCACCAAAGGAUUUAGCCCUGAGAGCAAAGGCUAUGCCAUCGGCAAUGCUCCAGAGCUGGCCAAGGCCCACAACAGCCAUGCCAGGCCGGAGCCACGGCACUUGCCAGAGAAGCAGAAUGGAAUCAGCGCUGUGCGAACCAUGGAGGCUUUUCACUUUGUCAGUUAUGUCCCCAUCAAGGGACGGCUGUUUGAGCUGGAUGGGCUGAAGGUCUAUCCCAUUGACCACGGGCCAUGGGCUGAUGAUGAGGAAUGGACGGACAAAGCCAGGAGAGUAAUCAUGGAGCGCAUCGGCCUGGCCACUGCAGGGGAGCCCUACCACGACAUCCGCUUCAACCUGAUGGCCGUGGUGCCUGAUCGGAGGAUGAAGUACGAGUCCAAACUCCACAUCCUGAAGAUGAACCGCCAGACUGUGCUGGAGGCCUUGCAGCAGCUUAUCCGAGUAACUCAGCCUGAGCUGAUCCAGACUCAGAAGUCUCAGGACUCUCAGCCUCCUGAAGAGGUGAAGCCAGCCAGCAGCAAGACUGUGACCCUAGAGAGCACCCAUACAGAUGGCACCGAUGAGCCUGCCACCCAGGGCCACCUUGCGGCCAUGCAGAGCCCACCCACCAAAUCCAAACCAGUGGCAAAGACAUCAGCAAGCAGCAUCAAUGGGGCACCUCCAGGAAACCCCAACCCCAUCGUGCAGAGGUUGCCAGCCUUCCUGGACAACCACAACUAUGCCAAGUCCCCCAUGCAGGAGGAGGAGGACCUUGCAGCAGGGGUGGGUCGCAGCCGGGUCCCAGUCCGACAGCACCAGCAGUACUCUGACGAUGAGGAUGACUAUGAUGAUGAUGACGAGGAGGAAGUUCGUAACGCCAACUCAGCCAUCAGGUACAAAAGGAAAGGGCAGGUGAAGCAGGAGCACAUGGCAGGGGCUGUGGAUGGCCAGCUCUCCGUCCUCCAGCCCAACACCAUCAACGUCCUGGCUGAGAAGCUGAAAGAGUCUCAGAAGGAUCUUUCCAUUCCCCUGUCCAUCAAGACGACCGGCGGGGGUACUGCUGUGGCGGUGGUCACCCACUCCCAGCCCUCUCCGACCCCCAGCAACGAGAGCACAGACACGGCCUCCGAGAUCGGCAGCGCCUUCAACUCCCCGCUGCGGUCCCCCAUCCGCUCAGCCAACCCCACGCGCCCCUCCAGCCCCGUCACCUCCCACAUCUCCAAGGUGCUCUUUGGUGAGGAGGAUGGGCUGCUGCGGGUCGACUGCAUGCGCUACAACCGUGCCGUCAGAGACCUGGGGCCUGUCAUCAGCACUGGGCUGCUGCACCUCACGGAGGACGGCGUGUUCUGCCCGCUGGCUGUCGCAGACGGGGGGAAAAGCUCCCCAGCUUCCAUCAAACCUGGUGAUGAGGCCCCGAUCACAAUCAAACUGGACGAGAAGGAGGGCAGUGAGGCCAGUGACAGCAAAGAGAAGGUGGGACUUGGCAGGACCAGUGAUCACCCUGGGGGGGAAAAGUAUUCUCCCAAGGAGCUGCUGGCACUGCUGAAGUGUGUGGAGGCAGAGAUUGCGAACUAUGAGGCCUGCCUGAAGGAAGAGGUGGAGAAGAGGAAGAAGUUCAAGAUUGAUGACCAGAGGAGAACCCACAACUACGAUGAGUUCAUCUGUACCUUCAUCUCCAUGCUGGCCCAGGAAGGCAUGCUGGCAAGCCUGGUGGAGCAGAACAUCUCCGUGCGCCGGCGGCAGGGGGUCAGCAUCGGCCGCCUGCACAAGCAGAGGAAGCCGGACCGACGGAAACGCUCUCGCCCCUAUAAAGCCAAGCGCCAGUAGCUGGGGAGCCAGGACUGGGAGAAGCAGCAGCUGGGCCUUGUGUCUUUGGGCAGUGGCACUUGGAUCUACAUUCCCUCUGCCCAAGGAAUGGGACCACAGCGACAAGCCCUCAGCCGAGGUGGAGCCUGGGGCCAGAGAGAAAUCGGGUUUUCCUCUGAGCCCGAGUUGUGAAGGGCAGGAAAACACAGUCCUGAGGGGAGGCCCUGCAGCCACCAGCCAGCCAGAGCACG